AGUUCGGCACUCAGGAAGUAAAGCGAGGGCCUGAGGAGUUCGGGCUGUCCCUGUCAAACACAAAGAGUUCUCAGUUGUCUUUUAAUUUGACAGUUUCUUUGAGCAAAAAAUUGGGAUAUUUUCGCUCGAGGGAGGCCACGGAUUCUACUAGAGAAAGCUGGAAAACUAGUGCCUAGUUGAAGGGGCUUAUCGUAAUCUUCUAUAUGAUGGCCAACGCAGUUGGCACUGCAGCUCUGUGUGGUGAUUUAAAGGCGUUUCUAAGCCACCAAAAUCUAGCAAAAGGUAGCAUUUCUCUCGUAGCACCGUCCAACUUUAGCCCUGUCACCAAGAUCACUUUAGGAGCAGUGAACUCUAAUGUCAGCACACCAAUGAUUAUAAGCACUCCUCAGAGGGUGACUCACCCAGGAAGUAUCCUGAUCGGCAGCCCCUUCACGCCACACACUACACCAGCUGCCAUGGUUACACAAGCAUGCCCUCCAGAGGGCAACGAAUGGACCCCAGGGAACAAGAAACGCACACAUGACUUUAUAGACUCCUAUUACUCUGACAGGGAUGGACUGUGCUCUAGUGACUCCUCAUCAAGUAAAAGGAUGAAGAAAGUUGAUAAAAAAGGAAAAGGGCUCAGGCACUUCUCCAUGAAGGUGUGUGAGAAGGUACAGAUGAAAGGCACUACGUCCUAUAAUGAGGUGGCUGAUGAACUGGUGUCAGAGUUCACCCACGCCAGCAGCCUUGCAUCUACAAAUUGUCAGCAGGUGUAUGAUCAGAAAAACAUCCGCAGGCGCGUGUAUGAUGCACUGAAUGUAUUGAUGGCCAUGAACAUAAUCUCCAAAGAGAAGAAGGAGAUUCGCUGGAUUGGCCUUCCCACUAACUCGGCCCAGGAGUGUCGCAACCUGGAGCUGGAGAAGCAGAAACGGCUAGAAAGAAUUCGACAGAAAAGAAGCCAGCUAGGGGAGCUGAUAUUACAGCAGAUAGCCUUUAAGAACUUGGUGAAAAGGAAUCAGGCCAAUGAAGCAGCUUCAAAAUCUCGACCUCCACCAGGCUCUGUCAUUCAGCUGCCCUUCAUCAUUCUCAAUACAGACGUGCGCACAGUCAUCGACUGCUCCAUCUCCAGUGACAAAUGCGAAUACCUCUUUAACUUUGACAACAUGUUUGAGAUCCAUGAUGACAUUGAGAUCCUAAAGCGUAUGGGUAUGUCUCUGGGGCUGGAGAAUGGCACAUGUACCGCGGAAAACCUCAGCGUGGCCAAGACUCUUGUGCCCAAAUCACUGGAGAGUUAUGUCACAGGCAUGGCCAAGAAAUCCAACAGAACCACUCCCAAUUACACAAGUCACAGCAGCACUGCUCCCUCAUAUACCUCCGAAUCUCGGGGUCAGACACCCAGCUCCUUCAACGAGGAGGAAGAGGAGGACGAUGAUGAAGAUGAUGAUGAAGAUGACGAAGAUGAGCCCUCUUCUCCAGAAUGAUCUUGGAAAUUAAUGUGCCAACAUCUUUUGUUUCCCUGAGACUGGGCCUCUGUCCUGAAGUUCUGACUUUCUUCCAAAUAAACAGGUGGAAUAAAACACCAGGGAUAAGCUUGCACUCGCUCGGAUGUGAUAUUCCAAACUCUCCAUCUGUUUAUCCUUCUAUAUAUUGAUCUCUAUUUUUAUUGAUAUGUCUAUCCUCUGCACAUGUGCAUCCAAACAUGAGUGCACACACUGGUUUUGUAUCUUGAGGAGGAUUGAUCAAUUGUUUUCUAAUGGUGCUUUUUCUCCUUAAGUACGCCAGCAAACCUCAGGUCAGGCAUGAGGAUAGGAGUCAGUGCUGGCAGGAAUUUCACCUUGACAGCUUUCAGUUAGACUUCCUCAAAAACACCUUCUUAAUCAGUAAAAUCCCAUUGUAUUUAUUACUGUCCUGUUAUUAGAUGAAUUCAUUGUCAUUGUAACCUCUUGUGUUUAGACAACGUUUUUUUUCUGUUUUUCCCCCUUCAUCUGCCCCAUAUGCACUGUUAAGAAAGUGAAUGCUUAACUGUUUCCAUGUUGCCAGUGUAGAAGGAAUUUGUGUGCUUUUCAGAAAAGGGGGAAAAAAAACAUUUGUUUUGUUCCUUGAGAUUCUUUGCAAUUUUGUUAUUCAUUGCCUAGUUUAUUCUUUUCUUGCCAUUUACAACAAUAGAAUGAAAUGAGGAAAAAAUAAAUCAUAAUGGGGAAAAAAAUGAUCAUAAGAAAUUAGCAUACAGUAUUUGUCUGGGUACAUAUGUCCAGAAGAAACGCAUGCUAGGGAAUGAAGUGUUUUUGUAAGUGUGUUGUGUAGUCUAGCAUCUUUUGCUAUUGUCUGUUUUUGUUUUUUGUUUUUGCUAGAAAUUUAUAGUGGUAUGAAAUGGCAGAUACCAGGGACAUUUCCCUCUUUGACCUACUCAGGUCAGCAUUUUAAACCUGGAAUCUUAUUUGAAAACCUAAAAGAAUAAUAUUACUUGUAUUUUUUCUCUGAUGGUUCCUACUUUGGUUUGGAAAUGUAACUCAGUAUGUAUAUGUAUACAUAAACAUAUAAUUUUGGUUA